AUGUCAACAAAAAAUAAUAUUAAAGUAGUAAAUAAAAAUAUCUCUGCAGAACGUUUAGGCUUACUUAGAGAAGAAUGUCAAAGAUUGGGGAGAAUGUUGGAAGAACAAAUUCAACAACACUAUUAUAGAUGUGGAAUAAACAUUAAUUUCCAUCAACAACAAAAUAACUUAACAAAUAGAAAAGCUUUAGCAACAAUUUUGAAAAUCAGCAAACCUCCUCAACUUCCAGAAAAAUUAAAAGAAAAAUCCCCUUCUCCACUAAAAUAUUCCCCUCCUCCUAUUUAUCAAUUUAAAAGAAAAAAUAAUUUUUUAAAUCAAAGUCCUUCCCCCUCAAAAAUUUUUUAUAAUUUUAAUCAAUUUAUUUUUCCACCAAUACAAAGAUGGCAUCCAACAGUUUGGCCGACAAAAAAGAAAAUUUCUCCUAAAAAUAAAUUAAAAAAUAAUUUAAUAAAUGAAGGGAAAGACAUAUCUAAAACCCGUAUUGUUGAAUUUCCUGCUAAUGCUACAAUUCCCAAACCUUUUUGGUUCACUAAACGCCCUCCAAUCCCUUGUAUCUAUGCAGAACGUCACUUGCAUCAAAUGAUGGAAGAAAAGCGUCGGGAAGACCUCCAAUUCAAGUUGUAUCGUUUCCGAGCCCGUUCAGUUCCAUUGAGUACAUAUAGACAACCCAACUUUGAUUGGAAGUCAAAAAAUCAGAGGUUUAGAACGCGCUCACUUCCCUCAAGAAGUUUAACUCCUGCAGCCUAUUCCUCUUCUGAUUUUGCUUUGAAUGAGAGGAAAGCCAAUCUACAUACUCGAUCACCUCCCCUCUCAACUUAUUUAAGACCUUCAAGUUGUAGCCAAUCAAUGGAAGAAUUGAGAGCAUUGAAAGCACAAAGGAGGAGUGUUCAACUUUUAUCCAAAGCUCAUGGACCUAUUGGGGUUGAGGAACACUCUAUAAGAUGGAGAAUUCUUUACAAACUACGCCAUUCCCAGCAGUGUUUGGCUCCUUUCAGGCCUCUUUCUACCAGUUUUAGAGCUCAACCAAUGCCCGACUUUGUUAAAUUACAAGAAGAAUUUAGCAGAAAAUUGGCAGCAAAUAGAAGAUUUAGAGCUAGCACAGUGCCGAGACCCUUCCAUUUAAGCGAACGAAGAUAUAACGGAGAAAUACGAGGGCAUAGUUGUGAAAGUUGGACAAGAAAAGAUAGGGAAGAUAAAAGAAGAAAUAUGGAACCAGAAAAAAGACAAGAAAGGGGAAGAAAAGUGUGGAGGUGAUUGAUAAUAAACAAGAAAAUUAAAAAAAUAAAUGGUGAUAUGUAAAAAUCAUAGAU